AUGGCAUCUACGGUGGCUCUCCUCCUCGUGGCCGCGCUGGCGUGCGUGCUCGGCGGCGCCGAUGCGAAGCUCGGCAGGCUCGUCGUCAGCGGCGUCGUGCCGUGCAAAACCGGCAGCCUCAUCGACAUCGCCACCUCCCCCGUGUUCCCGAACGCGGAGGUGGAGCUGCGGUGCGCGGGGCAGGUGGUGGCCGGCGCGACGACGAACACCAACGGGUCGUUCACGAUGGAAGCGGACCUGACGAGCGCGCUGGCGGCGUUCAUCGGCCGGUGCUCGCUGGUGGUGGACACGCCGCUCAUCAAGUGCGACGCCCAGCUGCCGCCGGUGGGGAAGCUCGUGUCCUACCUGCAGGGCCCGCUCACCAGGCUGCUCGGCGGCAUCUUCCACCUCUUCCCCGCCGGCUUCUCCUUCCACAGCCGAUGA